UAACAUCAAUACAAUAUGUUGAUGUUUGUUGAUUCAGUCUGCAACCUGGAGAAUGAACUGACAGUUGAUGUGACUGGAAUCGUGGGACAGUCUGCCCUUCUGCCCUGCUCCUGCUCUGAACUACAAGCCAAACCAAACACUUUUAAAUGGAGAUUUUAUAAAGGAUCUGAUGACAUAAAGAUCUUCCCAAAGGAGCAGACAAAUCUCUACACAGACAGAGUUCAGGUCUUUAAUGAUCAUCCUCCAGGAAAUCUCUCUCUACUCAUAUCACACCUGACUGUAGAGGAUGGAGGAUUGUACAGGUGUGAGAUCAACAACAAAAUCAGUACAGACAUCAAACUCACAGUAAAAGGGGCACCAACAAGACCUUCAUCAUCCACACCAGUGAUCACAACAACUUCACCUCAUUCCAGAACAGGUUCUCCAGAUUCUCUUCCCUAUAUACCUGUCGCCAUAGUAACUGUGAUCUUUCUGCACAUUAUCGUGGCUGUGGUUUAUUGCACCACCAGAAAGAAAGGUUCUGGUACAGUCAAUUACAGCAGAGGUGAUGGAGAUGGAACAGUUGGUCUGCAGUAGAGAAGACCUCAAAUCGCUGAUCCAUCAAUAAAAUAAUCAAGACAUUUGUUCAGAAAUACAGACGUCCUGCAUACAUACAUUAGUAGACACAUUAUCUUUAUUUCUUAUUCAGUUUGUUCCGUCUAACCCUCUUAGGGCCUUUUUACACCCCGUCACUUCAUGCGUUUUCUGUGAUCCGAUGAUAAAAAGACCAGGUCUAAAUGCCCUCCGAAACGGUUUUGAGACGGAUAUAAAUCCGAUCGUUCAAACCACUUCAGCAGGUGGUCUGAGAAGCAUCUUAGAUGAAACUGGACAGGUGUAAAUGAAUGUGGUUGU